CUUGACGCGUGAAUUUGUUUUCGGCGCUGUUGUCGGCCAAAAGGAUAAUACCAGUGGGAUCGAACGAAUCGCCGUGACGUUGAAGGAUGCCGACUUAAUUGACGAUGAUCAUACUUCAGUGGGACUUCAGACUUGGGGCUCAUGUGUAGUAAUGAUGGAAAGGCUCUGCCUGAACCCAUCCGCGUAUGGCCUUUCGGAAUCCUCGGAACUCAAGCGACCCCUCCGCAUCCUUGAGCUUGGGGCAGGAACUGGACUUCUAAGUCUUGCUAUCGGCUCCUUGUGCAUCCGUGCCAAUAUACCCGCCCACAUCAUCGCUACUGAUUAUCAUCCGGACGUCCUCCACAAUCUUCGAGAGAACCUCACUGCAAAUCCUUGCUCGGUUUCCGACUCUGUUACCAUCAACGUAGAACCUCUUGACUGGAAGUUAUUUUCGGAUCGGCGCGAUGCACUAGACGGCGGUGACGGCGGAAGCAACCCUCGUUCGGGUGACAUGACACAAACAUUGGAUGGUCUUCUUAGCCCUAUCUUUUCCCAUCCCUUUGAUAUCAUCAUGGCAUCAGAUGUCGUUUACAGACCCAAGCAUGCGGAAUGGUUAUCAUGCACCGUCAAAAGCUUGCUCCGCCGUCACGAUCUUCCGGAUAUUGCAUCAGAUUGCGACGUUACCUCCCGUCCACCACCACCAGCUUCCUUUCAUCUUAUGGCUGCCAUUCGACCCACGCACGAACACACACGAUCCUCAAUUGAGAAAGCAUUCAACAUCCAUGAAGAAUCCUUCAAGACGAACGUGGAUAGCCCAACUCUCCGCAUCGUUUCAUUCCAAGAUAUUGCCAUCAAGGCGAAACCGGUUGGCCGUGCGGAUGAGAUCGGGUAUAGGGAAUACCGUAUCGAGUGGCGAUGAUGAUCAUGCUGCGAAGUCUUGGCCCUCUUCGUUUAUAGUCGAGAUAGAGCAGUGUUGUGCUAUUCCGAUAAGGAGCGCACUUCAUGCAUGAUUGUAUUAUGUGAUUCGCCAAAUUCAGUUGAACGAUCAUGCGUCACGG